CAACAGAGUCAAACAGUGACUGACAGCUUCAUAACAUUUCAUUCUUAGUCUUUUCAUAUAUUUAUCUCAAACAUACUCUUCAACAGUACUCUCCUCAACAACUUCUCAGCCACACUAAUUCCUCAUUCAUUUUCUUUAAUCUUCUUUACACAUAAAUAAACAAUUCAACCACCACACCAAAAUCUCUUUUCUUACUAUUGUGUAUAGAAUUUUAGCAGUAAAGGGAACAAAAUCAAUGGUAUAACAGAAUUCUUGGCAGGUCUCAUUUUUGUUGUUCAAUCUUAUCAAUGCAUGUUACUGCUUUCUGUGCUUCUGUCCAAUGCAACUCUUUUUUACUUUCUCUGUCUACACAAGUAAAAAACCUUUAACCCAUUCUUUUCACUUUUGCUAAGACUCCUUUUUCUACAAAUUCUGCUCAGGGAAUUAAUAACCCUGUCUGAGGUUUUUGGGAACCACAUCAUCGUUUCUUGUCACCUUUUUACCUUUAAAAGUUUUAUCCCCCUUCAUUCUUGUAAGGCACAACCAAACACUAGAAGCCGUCACUUUCUACGUGAAACAAAAUCUUUUGUUUUGAUUUAAGAAACCAAAAAUGGAUGAAUAUUGGAAGAGAAGUGGACAAAUACCAGCUUUUGGAAACUGGGAUUUCGCAAAUGAGUUGCCAAUAACUCAAUAUUUCGAGAAUGCAAGACAAGCUGGUUUGAUUCGUUACAGUUCUUCUUCCGGUGACACUGAUCCUUACCUGCGUGGAGAACAAGAUCUUUAUGCGGUUGAUUUUAAGAAACCAGUGGGAAAGCCGACGAGGAAUAGAGAAACAAGAAUGAGAAAACAGGGCAAAGUGUACGACGAAACAGAAUAUCCAAGGAAGGCAAUGAGCAAGAAGAAGACAUUACAUGAAAACGACGUCGUCGUUUGUAAGGCUUCUUUACCAACCAGAGUUCCAAAACCAGUUGACGAAGAUCUUUACAAAAUUUCUCCUGAACUACUUCGCAAAACCAAGAGGAAGAAAAUGUUGGGUUUCAUUUCCAUGUGUCUUGUGCCUACUGCCUGUGUUUCAUGACCAAUUCAUUAGGUUGCCGACAUACGUCAAGGAAGUUUUUUUUUUUUUCAUUUUUGGUUUACUUCUGGCUAUGUUAUUAUGCUGGUUUUCUUGUGCACUCAGAUGCUAGAUGACUUUUUGUAUGAUGAGGGUGAAUUACUAUAUAUAUACACUACUAGUUUGAUAUCUUAAA